UGAGGUACAUAACAUGUCCUAUUCUGGCAAAUGCUAAAGUAACUCUAUCCAGAGGAAGAGAAAAAUAUAUCCAUUCCCUUCUUGGGAGGUUAGUUUUUAGAGCUAUGGAACAGAUAUGGGUAUGAAUGGUAGCGGCAGGAUAAAUUCUCUGUAAUGCACCUUCACCCUUAUAGCCCCCUAAAGUAAAUAAAAAACACAAGGUAAGAAUGAAGGGGUUUCAGCUUAUCCCUACAGUAAGGCCCUGGCCUGGAUCGCUAGGUGGCGCUGCAGGCGGCUGAGAAGAUAGAGCGUGCGGCAGCCAGGCCGGGUUUCCGCUUAGCUCGCCGAAAGGGAAGGGCCGGAGUGGGCCUUGCCAUUGGCUUUCUAUGGAUGGGUUUAGGGGGAGCAGCUGCUGUUGCACCGGGGGAAGGAGCGUGGCAUGUGCUGCGGGGCUGAUCCCCUCCCCUUUCAGGUUCUUCCCAUAUUAAGUAACUGAUCCUUUCCACACCGUGACGAAGUAGAAAUAAUGCUGUCAACAUGUCUGUGCAGUCAUUGCUUUGUGAGAGAAUCGCCGUUGCUAAGGAAUUAAUGAAGAGAGCAGAAGCCCUUUCCAGAUCACAGAAAGGAGGUAUAGAAGGUGGAGCAAAGCUAUGCAGCAAAUUGAAGGCCGAGUUGAAAUUCUUGCACAGGGUGGAGGCGGGGAAGGUGGCCAUUAAGGAGUCCCAUCUGCAGAGUACCAAUCUCACACAUCUCCGAGCCAUAAUUGAGUCAGCAGAGAACCUGGAGGAGGUCGUCAGUGUCCUUCAUGUCUUUGCCUAUGAAGACUGCUUUGGAGAAAAGCAAAUGCUGGUGGUAGAUGUUGUUGCAAAUGGUGGCCACACUUGGGUGAAAGCAAUUGGUCGAAAGGCUGAAGCUCUUCACAAUAUUUGGCUGGGCCGGGGCCAGUAUGGCGACAAAAGCAUCAUUGAGCAGGCGGAGGACUUCCUGCAAGCGAGCCGUCAGCAACCAGUGCAAUAUAGCAACCCCCAUAUUAUCUUUGCUUUUUAUAAUAGUGUGUCCAGUCCUAUGGCAGAGAGGCUGAAAGAGAUGGGCAUAUCCGUGCGGGGAGACGUAGUUGCUGUUAACUCUUUGGCAGAGCACUUGACUGAAGAGAGACACCUAAGUGCCAGUGAAUCUGAUGAAGAAAGCCCUGAGGUCCUGCAGGUGACCAGAGUAGACCGGGAGAAUUUAGUAGCCAGCAUUGCGUUUCCUACAGAGAUCAAAGUAGAUGUGUGCAAUAGGGUUAACUUGGACAUCACUACUUUAAUUACAUAUGUCUCUUCCCUUAGCUAUGGUGGCUGCUACUUCAGUUUUAAGGAGAAAGUGUUAACGGAGCAGGCAGCACAGGAAAGGAAGGAGAGAGUCCUGCCUCAGUUAGAGGAUUUCAUGAAGGGCAAGGAGCUGUUCGCUUGUGAAUCCGCAGUCAAAGAUUUUCAGUCAAUCUUAGAAACUCUAGGAGGACCUGGGGAGAAAGAUCGAGCCAUCUCUCUCAUGAAGAGAAUUAAUGUGGUGCCAGACCAGCCCUCUGACCGUGCCUUAAGACUAGUGGCUAGUUCAAAAAUCAAUAGCCGCUCUCUAGCCAUCUUUGGGACAGGAGACACUUUAAAAGCCAUCACGAUGACCGCAAACAGCGGUUUUGUUAGGGCAGCAGCUAACCAAGGGGUUAAAUUUAGCGUGCUUAUCCAUCAGCCAAGGGCACUGACUGAAAGCAAAGAGUCUGUUGCCAUGCCUUUACCAAAGAACUGCACAGCUGAUAGUGGGCUUUGACUAAGCCAUCUAAUUAAUUACAGUCAUUAAAAUAACUGUUUAAACGUGCUGCAGUGGAGGCAGUUCAAGAAAUAGAACUCUCAAAACAAUACUUUUUUGUGUGUGUGUGUGUGUGUGCCAGAUCCUGAUACGUGUAGUAAUUUACCUUCAAAUGAAAAAUUCAAGAAAAGCAGAAAAUUUGUACAUCAUUCAGAAUAGUAGUUGUAAUGGAUAAAGAAAUACAAGUUAAAAAAACGUACAUCCUCUGUAUGUGGAAUUUUUGUUCUCCACUCAAUAGAGUAUACAAUAAUUUAUUCAUGGGAAUAACUGCAUUUCAGUGGAAAAUGUUAACUGUGUUCUACCUUAUUAAAAAGUUCAGUUAGAAACUCAA